AUGAACAAAAGCAGAAUACGUCUUUUUAACGAUCAACAAACAAAGAGGAUUGUAUUAGAUGGACGAAAGAUAGCCCGGCACUAUAUUAGAAACUACUUUUGGAUUGACGUUCUAAGCUCUAUACCAGAUCGCUUAAUAUUAAUAUGGUUUUUCGGUUCGGAUGAUUUAAUCUAUGGAAAUGAUAUCAAUGAAUGCUUGAAUACGUCGAGAAAUUCAUUAGGGUCAUGUUUUUGGGAUAUAGCUUCAAUAUUAUCAUUACUGAAAAUUAUUCAACUACCGUUGUUUUUCAAAUAUUUGACUAACUACCUGGAGGAUCAGCACAAGCGAAGUGAAUUCACUAUUAAAAUUAUCAAGAAUAUUUUCACAAUUAUAAUCUGCUAUCACUUCACGGUAUGUCUUCACUUUCUGAUUCUUAGAAUUUUUGCUUCAUCACCCGACUACGUUGGAAUAAUAACUGGUAGCAGUGGCAAAAGUUCCUUAAUCGAGAAAAGUUUUUGGACAGACACUAACGAUGUUGAAAAGUACAUCAUCUGUUUUUUCUACACGACAUAUACACUCACAUUAUUUGCGAGCACAAUCGAAGAGAAAAGUCAAGUUGAUAUGACUGUCGGCAUCAUCUUCACAUUAAUUGGGUUUUCGUUGCACAUUUGGCUCGUGUCAGAAGCAUAUAUGUAUUUAACUACAUCCUAUGGACCUUGUUUGGGAUUUCAAGAGAUUCGCUAUCAAUUAGGAGCGUAUAUAGCUUUUAAGCACAUCCCAAAAUCAAUACAGUUAAGAAUCCUAUCGUAUUACGACUUUAGCUUCAAGGAUAAAUUUUAUUCAAAGGAACAGAUUUCAACAUUACUGGGAGGAGAACUAAGACAGUCUAUAGCAAUAGAGAUAUGUCAAGAGCAUUUGUGGAACAGCUACAUAUUUAAAACACUUCCUGAAAAUUUACUCAAACCCAUUGCGAGCUGCAUGGUGGAAGAAACCUACUUACAGAACGACAUUAUAAGCAGGAACGAUUUUAAUCAUGGUCAAAAGUUGUACUUUAUUGUACAUGGAACGGUAGCUGUUUACACAAAAGACGGAAAUGAAAUGGCACAUCUGUAUGAUAGGAAUAUGUUUGGCGCAAUGGAGUUUCUCCAAUAUCGCGAGUCAAUUACAUGCAUGUAUUAUGUGGCUGCUGAGGAAUGUUUAAUUCUCAUACUUCAGAAAACUGAUUUUAUGAGAAUUAUGGCUGAGAAUACCGAACUCAUAAAUCAGAUGAGAAAAUUUUUGAACGAAGAAAGUGUCGAAAAAACAGUCUAUGACAAUGAGAAUGGAACUUCAAGCUCUAAUACAAGGAAAAAAGUAAUCAUUUAGUUUGCAUGUUGACUCGAAAAAACAAUUUGCAUUUCAC